AUGAGCGACAGCAAGCCUCCGACGAACUAUUCAGAGAAGCCACUUGCUGGUGCGCAACCUGAUCACGAUGGCGCAGCUGUUUCUAACAGCUCAGACCAGCAUCGGCGCCUUAAGCUUGAGAAAUAUGCCUACUAUGCAUAUUUCUUUGCCAAUAACGGCGUUGGCCCCUACAACUAUUCAACAUUACUCUUUCAGAACCUCAUCUUUCAAGCCGGUUUCGAUCCUGAUGUACUGCCUCUCGGCAGUCAGCCCUGCGGAGAGGGACAAUGCCACGUUCCAUGGGCAGGAGGCUCGAAGGCAUAUGCAUCGGUGGUGAAUAUCGCAUCUGGACUUACCUUCCUCGGGCAGGCGAUAUUCUUCAUCUUUCUCGGAGCCACGGCAGAUUAUGGCGAAUGGUCACCUUGGAUACUUCGAGUUUCGACGUUGGUCUACAGCGCUUUUCAGCUUGGCUACCUGGGCGUGAAGACACCCGACACGUGGGGCGCCGCCAUGGCCCUAUACAUAUUCAGCAAUAUCUUUUGGGCAAUAUCUUUCACAUUCUUUAUUGCGUUGUUCCCUAAGAUAGCUGCUGACCAACCAGCCGCGGUCGAAGCGCUCGAUAACAAGAAUAACGGCCUCAUAUCGAAUGCGGAGUAUCAUUCCAAGAUAGAGACGGAGCGGAGCAAGACAUUGAACCGAAGUUGGGCGUGGAAUAACUUCGGGGUUGUUGUGAGCUGCUGUCUCUGCUUGGCGAUCUUGAAAGGGAUCGACGCAGAAGCCUCAAUAGAGAACAACAACCUUGGAUACUCUGCGUGCGCCGCAGUCUGUGCUGGCCUUGCGUUGGUUUUCUCUGUCCCAUGGUUCUUUCUCCAGAAAAAACGGCCUGGGAAGCCGGUGCCUCGAGGGGCGAACCUCGUCGUUGUGGGCAUGAAGAACUACUGGAAGACCACGUGCACUUUGGCUGCUCGAUUGCCUCAGACAUUCUUCUACGUUCUGGUUUCCUUCUUGCUGAGUGACGCCAUAAACACAUUCAUGACCCAGGUCACCAUCGCACAGUCCAGCGUCGUCUUGUUCUCUGCUACUGAUAACACCUAUUUCUUGAUCAUUCAAGGUGUCUCUUGGACCGUCUUUCCAUACCUCGCUGUUUGGAUACAAGCGAAACUCUGCUUACGAACGAAGACAAUGCUUCAUAUUGCGAACUCGGGGUGUCUCUUGCUCGCCAUCUGGGGCACGGCUGGCAUCUGGACGACGACAGUUGGCUACCACAACAUGUGGGAGUUUUGGACGUACUCGGCCCUCUGUGGAGCCGCCGUUGGCAUUCAAUGGUCGUAUGCCCAAGCCUUCAUGGGAGAACUGGUGCCUCGCGGCGAGGAGAAUCACUUUUUCUCCCUGCUAGGCGUUGUUUCGAAAGGCGGUUCUUGGAUCGGCCCUAUCAUCUCCAGCGCUCUCAUCGAUCGAACGCAGAAUGCGUGGGUUCCCUUUGGCUUCAUCGCCCUACUAAUCGCCCUGUCCGCGUUCCUGGUUGUACUCGUGGACGAAGUCAAGGGUCGCAAUGAUUGCGUCGGUUACUUGAAGGCAAAGGGGGAGCAAAGCGAUGGCGUUGUUAAUGAUGCGCCGUGA